CCCAUUCGCUGCAACGCGCCGGCAUUCCAGCCAAGCAUACGACGUCGCACCUAACCUUGGACUGAUCGAGCACUUGUCAGACUCGAGACCCUCUAUUCCACCACGAAGCAACUUCGACGAUAGAUCCCGACCAAAUAUAAUGGCAGACGAGAAGAAGCGGGGAGACCUACCGGCCAAUGCAACAGCUCCGCGCGCAGCAUCUCCACGGCCUGUCGCAGGCAGUGUUGCACAUAACCCAAUUUUACCAGUACUGGCUUACUGUGGUUCUUCAAUCUUGAUGACCACGACGAACAAAUUCGUAGUCUCAGGCUCAGGGUUCAACUUGACAUUCUUCCUGCUCGCCGUACAAUCGAUUGUGUGUGUUGUCGCGAUACAGAGUUGCAAGACUGGAGGACUGAUCACAUACCGAGACUUCAAGACCGAUGAGGCGAAGAGAUGGUUUCCCAUCACGCUUCUCCUCAUCGGCAUGAUCUAUACCAGCAUGAAAGCAAUGCGCUACCUGUCCAUCCCAGUUUACACGAUCUUCAAGAACCUGACAAUCAUUUUGAUUGCAUACGGCGAGGUACUGUGGUUCGGUGGAAGUGUUACCGGCAUGGCCCUCUUCUCGUUCGGCCUGAUGGUUCUCAGUUCUGUGAUUGCUGCAUGGGCGGAUGUUCAGCACGCGCUAACUAGCUCUCUCAACGCCAGCACUGAGGUUUCCAAUCUCAAUGCUGGCUACAUCUGGAUGGGGUUAAACUGCUUUUGCAGUGCCAGCUAUGUGCUGGGAAUGCGCAAGCGCAUAAAGCUUACCAACUUCAAAGACUUCGAUACCAUGUUUUACAAUAACCUCCUAUCUAUCCCAGUCCUCCUUGUCGCCUCCGUUUUCAUGGAGGACUGGUCGAGCGCGAACAUCGAGAAGAACUUCCCCGUGGAGUCGCGCCAUACGCUUGCCAUAUCCUGGAUAUUCUCCGGUCUCUCGACUGUCUUCAUCUCCUAUACAUCCGCCUGGUGUGUCCGUACUACAUCCUCUACAACCUACUCCAUGGUGGGCGCUUUGAACAAGCUGCCCAUCGCUCUGAGCGGACUCAUAUUCUUCGACACCCCCGUUACUCUCGGCUCUGUAUCUGCAAUCUUUGUCGGCUUCGUCAGUGGCAUCGUGUACGCCAUCGCUAAGCUCCAGCAAAACAACAAGCCCAAGCCUGUACUGCCAGUCAGUGCCCCGCGUAUGAGCGCCAGCAGUCGAAGCGCCACCGACAGCUACAAAGCUUGAACCCCCUCUACGACAUUUAUAAUGCGUUGCAAUCCUUUAGACCGUACCCACUAAAAGCAGAUUGGGGGCAAUGACUGCAUGAGCGCAUGAAGAUUGACGA